AUGCCUGGAGCUAUGGCUCUUCCGGCCGAGACGUGGCUACAAGUCGCGCAAUUCAGCGAGCGACACGACUUGGCCGCGUUGGUGCGCACCAACCGUCGACUGCACAGCCUCAUCAAUCGGGAGCUCUACCACACCGCCAUGGAGGAGAAUCUGUACCCUCUCACCCUCGGCGCUGUGAAAGCCGGGAACCUGGAUACUUUGAAGGUCGCAGCGGCGUACGGCGCGGACCUUGACGUAGCCUUCCCUCAACCCUUCUGCGACCAGGUGCUGGGCAUUUGGGAUAGAGCCCACCAUAUUGACCGGGGGCCGGACAUGGAUGAAGAAGACAAAGAGCACGACUGGGCUUGGGCUGCUCCGCUACACGUUGCAGUCAUGCAAGGCCGACACGAAAUCGUUGAGUGGCUCAUAGAGCAAGGCGUUAACCUCGAGAAUCCUGGGCGACAUAUCUGCGGAUGCCUCCCUAUUCUCCAUCGGCCUGUCCCCCCACUUGGGAAAAACGACCCGCAGUUGUGCGAAUUUCCUGCGUGGACACCGCUGCACUACGCGAUAUGUCAUACACAGACGUCAAUUGCACGCCUUCUGCUCGCCGCUGGUGCUUGCUCUACGGAAUUGGUUGUCCCGCCCGAGUCCGCCAAGUCUCUUUCGUGGGCCACCCGCGCACUGAGUGACGUAGACGAGAUGCGAACCGAAUCACUUGAACUAUCACUCGAUGAUUAUCGUUUCUAUAUACAGGCCACCUCGGCACUUCAUGUUGCCGCGUAUGCCGGAAAUCACACUUUGCUAUCGGAUCUAAUCAACAAUCAUGGCAUGGAUGUUGAUAUCAAGGACCGGUCGGAUUCAACGCCUCUUCACUACGCAAUCGCUGCCUCAGACGCAGCCACGGCAAACUACCUUGUGUCUUUAGGAGCAAAUCCGGAUCAUCGGGUCCAAGUCUGUGGCGAUGCAUUUGACUGGGCAAGUACCUUCCAGCAACCUUAUUUGGCAAUGCAAAUUCUUGCCGUUAAAGGCUCGCCUUGGUUUGAGGAUUCCGAGCGGAUAAAACGGCCCAGGCUAAAGACGAUAACAUCUUCAUUGAACUCCAACCUCGAAUUGGAACACCAAAACUUCGCAAACGCGUCAGAAAUCUUCCGGAAGACUAUUCCAACAAUCAUUCGACGCACCCGGGAGACUCAUGUCCCCGGCGCAGGAUUUCCAGACCUCGACAUGGAGCUCGCAAUCGCCUUUUUGCACGCUUGCCCCGCAGCAAGUCUCUCGGAUGCAGAUCUGCACUUCCUCCUCGAGACCAGCAGUAUCAGUCUUGACAUGGAACUGAUACCGGAAAUGGUUGCUGAGGAUUUACAUCUGCUGCACAGUCUUAGUUACAAAUUUCUGAUCACCGUGUGCAGGGACCGUCCGCAGAUUCGAAUAUCUCCUGAAUACACCUGGAACAAGAUCUGA